AUGAAAUCACCAGAGAAGAUCGCAGCUUUCUUCAGGGACAGCUUCACCACCCUGCCUCGAUUGCUCCCUGACAUUUUCAAGACCGCUGAGAUCGUGGGAGGCGGCCACAAAGCAGGGCCUGGCUCCGUAAUGCUUUUCCAAUAUUCCCUCCGUACGUCAUUUUCGCCAAGCCAACAUUAA